UGCAGUGAAAAACUUCAUUUUCUGUGUUUUUUCUUUCCCCUGGAAUUGAGCUCUUGGGUAGUUUUAUUUCUUGUAAUGGAGUCCUGGAGUUGUGUUUAUGGGGAGAGAGAACAAGCUUUUGGGGACUUUGGGUUUGGAGAAUUGACAGCAAAACAGCUACCAAAUUGUUCAAUUGGGGAUGUUUUAAGCAACAAGAUGAGUUUGGCUAAUACCUUUUCUGGGGAUGAUGACGAUGAUGAGUCUACUUCAAAGCUUUCAAGCUCUGUUGUGGACUCUAAUAGUAAGGAUUCUCCAUUGAUAGAUUUAAAGCUUGGGAGAUUUCUUGACCAUAAAGAUGCCCAGAAUUCUAGCUUCUCAUUAGCAGCCCCCAUUUUCUUUUCAUCGGAAUGGUCGCCAACGCCGAAGCGAGUUCGAGCAGCGGGCGUGAAUUCUCACACUGCUUAUUGCCAAGUUUAUGGCUGUCACAAGGAUCUUACUUCCUCAAAAGAUUACCACAAGAGGCACAGAGUUUGUGAGGCUCACUCAAAAACUGCAAAAGUUAUUGUUAAUGGAAUUGAACAACGUUUUUGUCAACAAUGCAGCAGGUUUCAUUUGCUGGCUGAAUUUGAUGGUUGUAAGAGGAGCUGUCGUAAACGCCUUGCCAACCAUAAUGAGCGGCGGAGAAAACCUCAAGUUGGUAUUCGGUCAGGGAGAACUGAAAGUCUGCAAUAUAAUGGUACUUCCAUGGCACUUCCUUGGCAAUAUAAUGGUGGUAGAUUUCAUGGGAAUAUGUUGACAGCUACAUCCUUUAUUUGCCAAGAUUUACUACCUAGUGGCCUUCUGCAUCAUGAGAAAAAUGUGACAAAUGAAUGGGGCAAGCGGUUAAAAGUCGAAGACGGAACCGAUUAUGGCCCUGUCUCAGCCAUUCCCCUGAACGGACAGUUUCAUUCGAGAUUAACGUAUUCUCCUAGUGGUAUCAACAAACUGUUCUCUUUCCAUGAUAAUGGAACAAAUGCAGUCACAGGAGUUCAUCCUCGUGGUGUUGGUGGAACGAAUUCCAGAUCACGUCCUUUAUUCCAGGACGCCUCGUUAGGAAGUGAAGACACCAAUGUGUUUGAUUCAGCUUCAACAAUUCAUGGACUAUCUGAGAUUUCGAAUUCCGGUUGUGCUCUCUCUCUUCUGUCAUUGCAGUCACAGAACUCAUCAAACCACUCGUACGGAAUUCCCUUUGCACAUUCCACAGUUAUCCCAGGCAGUCAUAACCAUAACAUAAUCGAUCAAGUCUCGGGAAAGCUCGUUGGAGUUAGCUCACAGGCUUCAGCUACAGGGGUGUCAAAUAAGUUCUCUUCAUCCAGGAUGAAUUCAACUCAAGCCACUCACCUGGGUGCCCUGCUGAUAUCCGAUGGCGGUGAAGGUGCCGACUUCAAUAUCACAGAUGUGAUUUACCAAGGUUCGGAAUUCAUGAAUACCAAAUAUGACAUAUCAUGCCAGGAUGGACCAACAAUAGACUUGCAAUAAAUGCAAGUGAAGCCGGAAAACGACGCUUUCUGUUGCCUCCGAAUCACUUAAACACCGAACAAAUGAGGUAAGUAAAGUUGAGCAGAUUCUAAUGUGACAUUCUCAGCUGCUUGCUAACAGCUUAAAAUUUCAGUUUAAGAACUGAAUAAAAAA